AUGCAGAAGGCUAGGCCUCUUAGUCAGAAGAUGCAACCAGGGGCAGGUUAUCCAAUAGGCAAGAUUUCUGAUGAAGCCGGGCCAUCAAUAUUUGUUCUACAGAACCUUCGGCAUUACACUGUCCAUCCAAAUUUGGCCCAGUUUUAUGAGCCUUCAAAGCCUACGGCCCUGCACAAAUUCCUGGAACGAAACAAAAGAAUCAGGAGCUUCAUGUUAAAAGUAACAGAGUAUGAUCAGGAUAAGACCUUAUUGAUCAUGACCAACAACCCGCCUCCCUCCUCAAUCAACCUGCAAGGAAAGGACAUUGCCCCAAAAUACUUUUCCGAGGAGCUCCUGAGCAAGGAAAGUCAGCACAAACCCUCUGAAAGCUUCUACCUGCCCGCGAUGCCUCAGAAAAAAAAGCCCAGACCUCAGCUGAAACCAGUCUUCCCCGUGACCCAGUUGGACGAUCCUGCAUCCAAGCAAGAGCAAUCGUUCAGGUUUUCCACUGACAAUGAUUUCAAGAGUGAAGGGGAGUAUUCAAAGGUCUAUGCCUUGAGGAAACAGAAAAAAAUGUACCCUCAGCUCGCCUUUUCUCCAAUUGGUAAAAGAGAUAUGAGGAAAGACGCUUCCAAGAAGUCAGCGAGUGCAGUGCCGACUUCCCAGGCGAUCUGGGAACCACUCACCCUGUCAUCGCUCCUGGAAGAGAAGCCCACCAGAACUGUGCCGGGGGAGAGCGCCUUCCGCAACGGAAGAGCCCAGCAGUGGAUCAUAAAUAACGCCACUCUCAUUAAGUGAACACAAACCCUCCAGGCCUCCCUCCCGCCUCGGUCUCCAGACAGGGGUCUGCAGACGUCGCCAUCUGCGGCGUGCCAUCCAAAUAAAAUCACA